GUCCAGAUCGUGGCGUCAUCAAGAAGAAGAAAGGAAAGCUGGGCGUCGUUUGAAAGCAUUUUAACGGUUGUUGUUGUCCUAGCUACCUAGCAUGGCGACCACGGACUUUUAACUAUUUUGAAACACUAGCGGUGUGUGUACAGGAUGGAUAGCCUGGACUUUUCUGAGGAUGAGAUUCAGGAACAGUUGGCGGUCCUCGGAUACAGAAAUAUUCCUCAACACAGAUUGAGGGAAUUUAAACGAGACCUGGACGAGCUGAUCCAACAGAAGAAGUUAAAGAUCCUUGAUUCCUCCAGGGAGCUCAACUUCAGCAACCGGUCUCACCUGGGUGCGAAUCACAUCACAACCAGCCCACCAGCGUACACUAAGGAGACUGGGCCUCAGUGCUUCCCCAGCUGGUCUGGCGAAGGAUCUAUCCUCAACGCUGGAACCGGGGACCACCACAGAGAGGUGCUCUCUUCCUGGCGUCUGAACCAAGAGCCGGACCCCCAGGACUCCUAUGCUUGCUACACGGUGGCCCCCAGGACCCUACGGCCCUCCGAGGCCCCCCACAGGCUCCACCUGCUGCCGGACCCUGGGACACAUGAAUCACCGGUGCCUUCAGACCCCGGCUCAGACCGCUUGUCUCAUCCCAGGAGCCAGGCAUCCAGCCCAGAGGGAGGGGGCCAGGGGAAACCCUUCAUCACCAGGAAGGUCCUGAGGAAGCACAAGGGACAAUUCUUUGUUUGCAACGAAUCAGUUCACAGCGAAGAUUCAGAUGUCAGCAGCCUAGAGGAGCGGCUCGGAGGUCUGCGGGUGGCUACCGCAUCGGCCCAUCGCCGUGGCGACGACGGCGACGAGGAGACGGAGAACGAGGACGUCACCGGCCAGAGCGAUGACGUCACGAGCCAGAGCGACGGGCGCAGCUCGUCCGGCCUCUCGCUCACCGCCUUCGAGUCGUUUGUCAGAGACAUGGUCCGAAUGCAGACAGAGAGGGCGCUGAAACCCAGACCCAAGUCUUUCAUCCGCCCGGUGCUGGGACACCCUCACACCAGGAACCUGAAGAAGAUGGACCCUUUGACCAGGUAUCUUCAGUACAAACAGGAGUGGGACAUGUUCAAGGUUCCAGGGGAGAAGGACCGGAAAGCGCUGCGCUGGGAGAUCAGGGAGCAGCUGGCCUACCAAGCUCCACCAGCGCGGCCACGGCGGGCCUACAUACCCAACUCCUACAUCGUCCCCACGGACAAAAAACGCUCGGCUCUGCGCUGGGAGGUCAGGAACGACCUCGCCAACGGACUGCUUCCGCCCAAACAAAACUACCGCUUUUAAAAACACACCCACCUUUUAUACUGUUUUUAUAAGCACAUGGUUUAUUUAUUCACACAAAUGUAUUAAAGACAUGACUGACACUGGAUUGUUUAAUUUAACAUGUUGGCGGGUCAAGGGAGGUCUGAGUAGGGCAUCUUGAAGGGGUACAGGGGGGUGUAGCGCUCGUCGUGCCACAGCAGCUUGCUCUCCAGGAAGCGCACGGCGGCCAGCGUCAGAACCACGGCCUCGUGUUUCAGCAUGCUGUGCACGUUCAGCCCUGAGGAGACACAAGUCAUGCAAACGUUGCACCAAGUGUUACCUUGCAUACACGUGCCGGUGUAGAACUAGGGCGAAACGUACCGAUGGCUGGGAUGAUGUUGACCGUCUUGAGGUUGGCGGUGGCCUGCAGAAGGUUUUCUGGAAGCUCGUCACAUCUGGGAGGACAGAAAAGUGCAUUCAUCUAGGAUCAAGCAGUCCUAUCCCUGCUUGCUGCAAAAUGAUUGUUCAGAACAAAUAGGAAGCGAAACGUUCCCCUCUGAGCCAGAUUUGAGAUUGUCUGCCAUCAGACAACCUGAGACAAGCUUUUUAUAGAACUCCAUCCCAUAAUGGAAUGUAGUUCAGUCUUUUGGGUGAUUUAACUCAUUGGAGGUUCUAGGUUUGAGCCCACAUCUGAAUCCUAGAGGGAGAUGCCCCAAUAUUCCCCCUCCCUGCUCUAAUGUAUCUGAUUCACUGUAAGAAAGAUUCAACUAUGAUGUUAAACCCCUGGUUGGAUCUGCUGAAAGAUUAGGACGUGGAAGUCUGGUACUCACGCGUCUACGAUGAGCAGCGACUGCCCCCAGUGUCUCUGUCUGAGGAGGUCCAGGAUGUACUGGGGGUCUGGUGUGGGCAGGUCCAGAGACUCCACCACGUAGAGAUAGUCCUGUAGGAGCCACCACACCGUGAGCAGAGCUGAAUUACUACCACUUCUCUGUAGUCCAGUUCACAUUAAGCAGACAUUUUGGAGUGAGGCUGGAAACAAUGGGAACAUAGCAUAAAUUCUGGGGUAGCAACAUAUGAUUCAAUUACUGCACCAAAAACUGUUUAGAGCUGCUAUCGGAAAGGUGAACUGAUCUGUGGAGGGCUUCAACCUAGAACCUCAGAAUGCCCUUACUACUAGACCCUAGAGGGGGCUGAUAAACACUUCAGCAGAAAGCAUAUGCUCAAUGACAUAAUAAAUCGUAAAACCAUGUGACAUUAAAAUAGAAAUGCUCACAGCAGCAGAGUUCAGACCGUGUCUUGUGCCAGAAUACAACCCUGAAUCACUGCUUUACCCACACUAGAGUCAUGCUACUAGCUAGCUCCUUACCUGAGCCAGCUUGGAGCUCAGCGCCACCUUGAGGCCCAUCACGCGCACCUUCAUGGGCAGCAUGUAGUAGUAG